AUGUCUCCUACAAAUGGGUCUCUCACCUUGUUCGACGAUCCUUUUGACAACGACCAAGCCAAACAGCGCAAUCACCUGUCUGGCGAUAAACUUUACGAGUCUCGCCACACAAAUCCAAUCUCACCAACGACUAUCCCAUCGUCAAUCUCUAGGACUAACACAAGACCUGUUCAAGCUUCCCAGUCCUUAGGACAACUUGCUGGAUAUGCAACAAGCGAAGAGGACGAACCCGAAGAAGUCUUGAUACAAGGCGCUAAGAAAGGCCGACCUAAGUGGACAAUCGUCUAUAAGUCUGCUGAACUUGUUACAAGCGACAGUAGUGAGUUUGAGACCUCAACUUCUCUCAAGCACCACAAACGCGCUGUGGGAACCGUUCCACAUCCGGCCUCCCGUAGCAAGCUCGAUGACCGAACCCGCAAGAUGAGGAAUAUGUCGACUAAGAAAAGCCCAACGUCAGCGCUUGCCUCUUCCAGUAUCGCAAAACGACCAAAUACAAAGGGAGGUUUCGUCGUGGACAGCGAGAGCGAUAUUGGGGGGAGUGAUCACAGUGAUGAAGAUGACUACGGCGGUCAGUCGAGAUCAACUGUUCGGCGAUCAACCCACGCGUCGGAAUCACCAAGCUUCUAUCAAGCCAGCUUGAAGACCGAGCUCAGUGCAACAGCUCUCCCGACUAAACAGCUGAACAAAAGCCGUCUCAACAAGCUUUUCGGAAGAGCUAAAACUGUAAUAACUACUCCCAAACAAGAGCGAUUGCUUGCUCAUACCCAGCGAUCUGUCACAACGGCCCCGACACCUUCUUCCAACUCUCUUUCCACAGCAUCACUUGGGCCACAACAGACAUCACAUUUGCAGUCAGCCGGUAGCCGCCAUGCAGACCGCGCCAAACACCCCAACACGGCUUCUACGGCGAAGGAGGUGAAAGUUCUCAGCCAGCAGACCAAUUUUAUGGAUUUGUCGAUGACCAAGAUCGAUGGUAAGGCGUCUUCGAUCUCCCGAGAGAUUCAGCAACCUACAAUUGAUAGCACAAAGCAAGGUAGGAUGCUGAUACAAACCGACUCAGUCUCUACUCCUCCGACUACCGUGGCCGCAGGCUCAUCCUCUAGCCCCCUACUCCAACAGCGCAAGCCGGUGCUGGGGGUGAGCAUUGCUCGAGGGAGGAAGAAUAGCAAGUCAAGUGAUAAGGCCUCUUCAGCUACGCAGCUCAGAAGUCUUCUCCAGUUGACAUUGGACGAAGCCAAAAACGAUAGCAUAAGGAAUACAAGAGGUGCACAGCUUCAGGUUAGCGGUCAAGAAGAACCAAAUAUAGCUAAAAGAGCUCCGACCUUGGCAUCAUCAAUCCGCAAGUCAGAGAGCAUACAUCAGCCCUGUGUCAAAGAGCGCGAAACUACUGCGGCUGAUGCGGCGUCGAAAAAGCACUCUUCAUUGGUAAUACAAAGUCCGAAGGCGUCCAGGCUUGGGACACCGCAACGGACCCAACACCACACGCAAGCCCCUGAUCCAGGACCUGGGAAGUCCACGCCAGUUGCCCCCAAGGCAAAUGCAGCAUCCACGAAAUCCACACCAUCAAUCUCUAAACCGUCAGCUCAAAAGCGGAAAUUGGACAGUAUGUCCGGCGGUCCUGAUAAUGUUUCCACUACAGCACCUAAGAGGCCUGCUCCAUCGCCUGCAACUGCUUUGAAGCGCCUCGAAACUACACAGGCAGUCUCGAAAGUCAAAACCAAUCCUUACUCAGUUACAGCUUCGGAAGCUGUUGUUCGCAAAUUAUCCACUGUGAAUAAUAAAACUUCGGCAUCCGUCACUACGGCUUUGAAUACCGGAACAACCUUGAGCUCCGGUCGGCCUGUCAGCGAAUACAAGCCUGCUAGCAUACUUCCUUCACUAGCUAUCAAUGCGUUAGUCGGCCGUCAGGGAAGUAGCGUAGCUACCUCGAGCAAUCUGGGUGCCACUCCAGUAGUUUCACAUCUACCAGCACAUGCAAGGAAGGCAGCCAUCGACCAGCCCGUCGAGAAGUCUAGGACACCAAAGGCAACAUUGCUCUCACAAACAGAACCAGUCGAUCGACCUGAAGGCUUUGCGGCCUCUCUUACGAAGCUCAACUCGAGCAGGUCUCCAGAGUCUACUGAAAAUACUUCUACGGGUCAUGAUAGCGCAACAUUUGCUCAACAUAACGAUUCUUCCUCAGGUGUAGUUGCGACAUCUUCAUUAGACCUCAACGUCUCAUCAGAGUGGCCGACUGCCAACAAGUCGGACGCUACCGUUCUAGGAAUUCCCUCUAAAAGGAACACGCGUCGUGUUGCGGUUACACCUUAUCCAGAGAAGGCAUUGAGCCUUUCAGUAACCACUUGUCCUGAGGAGUUGAGACAGAUUGCUGAAUCCAACUUAGCCGUCCAGAGACAGCAUGGCUCUACUUCUACAAUCUCGUUUGCGAAAGUUCCUCCAGUUGCGACCGCUGAUUCUAUACUUCCAACUACAGGGAAAGAGCCUGCAUCCAUUUCCUCGAUGACUGUGCCAAUGCCGUCUUCUAUAAACGAAUCGCAGGUGACCAAUUUGGCAGAAUCGGCAACUCUGGAAACGAGUCUGCACGUAUCAACCGACAGUAUUGAGAAUGCGGCACUACGCUCUGAAGAUACACCGACAGACAAUAAAGAGAUGGACGUUGACAGUGUUCACACUAUAACAAUAUCCAUUCAGAGAGACGAUUCGAAUGCUGACGCAGUGUCUGUUUCCAAGGCUUUUGAUGGUCAUGGGUCUUCACAUCAGUCCGACACGAUUGUAGAAACCAAGAAUGUUUCUCUCUUGACGAGCUUGGAGCCGGCGUCGCCCAAACAGAUGAUCAUAGACGCACCUAAGAUCGCUUUGACACCACCCUUACCCCAUUUUAUCCCAGGUCCGCCUUCUUUGGAAGUUGCAACAACCUCUGACGACGUCCUAACUCUGUCUGGUUCGUCCAAAGUAUCCAAGGGGGCACAAUCUUACUUUGAGUACUCAGUAUUCCAGAAGGUUUGGUCCAGUGAGCAAGCUGAAGAAGACAUCGCGGGCACCGAGAUCAUUGUACGACCUUUCACCAAUAUCGUUGAAGCGAAUGGACACGCCGAAAAGGUGUUCCAAGGUAGCCGUGCACACUUCUUCGACGCCAUCUUCGAAAGCAGCAACGAGCGCGAUGAAUAUGGUUGCUCAAUCUUCACUGGGUCCGUCACACCCUUUGAUAACCCUACAAAAAGGUUUCAUCUCAGAAUCUGGAUACAGCGUGAUAUUGUAUCCAAACUCGCGAACCAGACGCCACAAACACUGAAGGGAACAUCGUUCAUCUCAAGCACCUGCUACGUCCUACGCUUAUUCAACCUCGCCGAACAAGCCGACACCGAAGGCUCAGAUAGCUCGGAUUCAGACGAUGGCGAUGCUCCAGCUCGCGAGCCAGUUCGCGUAUACCAGUCUCACACCCGUCCGGAAGUAUACACUACUCUCGAUGCCGCCAAUCGCGCAGCUCGCGCCCUGCAAAUCGAACUCAGUCAUGAGAAAGAGCCGAGAGGCGCGAGCAAGGCGUUUCAGGAGAAGGAUAUAAGGGAGCUGAAUGCUAAACUGGUAGAGCUUCAAUCGGCGGAGAGGAAUGGUGGAGAUGGAUGUUGGAAGAGCAAGUUCAAUGCGUGUGGUCUGGGAGCAGAUACCUUGGAAGUGGUGGUGGAGAAGACUGGUAUUUGUGGACCACGGAACAUCUAA